UCUUUUUCCCCUCAGUCCCUCACCUUCUCACCUUCUAAUCACAAACAAUGGAGGAAAUAAAAAUUGAUUUAGCUGUUUUAAAAUUUCUCUUCAAUAUACUAAGAAAACAAGUUUUAUUAGAAAAAGAAAUACCCAAAGAUAUAUUCUUUCAAGCGCAAGAAUAUAUUUCGUCACAUAAUGAUACAUUAAAACAUACAAAUAUCUAUAAAUCUUAUAUUAAACACCAAUCUUCUUGGAGACAAAACCCACAAAUUAUUAAAUCUAUUCAAUUAACAACAAAUGAAAAAGAAAAAUGUAUAUUUUUAUAUAAAUUAUUUAUUACAUCUACGCGUUCAUUUCAUCCAAAAUUAUUUUAUGAAUUUUCUAAUAUUAAUGAAUACCAAAGAAGUAAAUGGUUGAACUCAAAAUAUAAAAUACCAUGUAAUGAAUGGAAAAUUAAAAAUGGUAUUCUAGAAAAUUUGAAUAAAUGUUUACCAGGAUUUAAAUUUUUAGUUGAAUAUGAUGUUAAUAAUAUUGGACAAAUUGAUGAUGAACAAUUAGAUGAUGAUAAAUAUGAAUUAUUUGAUGAAAAAGUCGACUUAAGUUACGGUGGUAUGGUCUUUGUUUCUGAGGUGGGUGUUAUGAUUGUGAUUGAUCUUAAAUAUCCAAGGUAUAAGACUGGAUCAUUCUUAGAGGAAAAAAGAAGUGUAACGCAAAUGGAAUAUUAUAGAAGAUAUAAAUGUUUAAAUGAACAAGUAAUAAGUCAGAAAAGAAUUGAGAAAUUAAAGAAAAUCGUUGAAGAAAAAUUUGAAGAGAAAUGUAUUAUGGUGAUUGGAGCAAAAUUUAUUGAUGAAUCUCAACUGGAAUUUUAUGAUGAAUUCGAUAAAUUGAUUGCAGGAAAAAUUAAAGAAUUAGCUAAUAUUACUGAUAUUGAAUCAAUCAUCAAGCCAGUAAUUAAUACAGAAGAAAAUGGAACUUGCGAAACAAUUGCAGGUUACCUCAUAAUAUUAAUCGGAUUUAUCAUAUAUAUGAUAAUUUUUGUAUACAGUUUAAAAUGGGACCUUGAAACGAAAGAAUGGGAUUUUAUUGAUGUACAAGAUGACGAUGAUGUUAUCGUAGAAAUUCUUUUAGCUUUAUUUCAAUUAAUUUUUUGUGGUAAUUAUACUUGUUAAUGCUGAUUAAUUAAAUUUAUUAAUUAUUAAGAAUUAAAAAUUAAAAGUUUAUGAUAUGUAAAAGGAUAACAAAUAAA